AUGAAAAUUAUCAAGAGCAAGACGUAUACUAGAAGUGAUGGUCUUGUAGUUGAACUAUUGAAGGUAUAUGGUAUAAAAGAAAAUACAGUUAAAUAUGCUUUAAAAUUAAUUGAUGCAUUAUUUAUUGAUAAACAAGAUUUGCAAAAUGCUGAUUCUAAAAAAAUUGAUGAAGAUCCACGAGUUAAAGCAAUAUAUGGUCCAAUUAAACAAAAGUUCAACUUUUCAGUCGAAGAAAUGUCAAUCAUUUGGCCGCCUGUUCAUGAUUCUAUUCUUAGCAAACGACGCAAUCAAGGGAAAAUAUUGAAGGCAAAUGUAACACAAAAUGAAUCGACUUCAACUACUUUGACAUUACAAGUUGUUAAUCACAACAAUAAUGAACAACAAGAUGAAACAGGUGCAGGUGAACAGUAA